AUGUACAUCUUUGGCUAUUUAAAAGAGCUGUUGACCAUUUCAACAGCAGUUUCUGUGGAGAUUUCUCAGGAACACUCUUCUAGAGAAGGACCUGCUAGCUGUUUGGACUCAAAUCCUACCAGUGUAGUGAUUUGGCAUGGUAUGGGAGAUACGUAUAAUUCAACGGGAAUGCAGGCUGUCAAAACGAUACUUGAAGACGAGAUCCCUAACGUGUUUGUUCAUUCAGUAUAUCUUGACGUUGAUGAGACGAAAGAUCAGAAGCUCUCUAUUUUAGGAGACCUUAACACCCAAAUUAGAGGCGUUUGCGAUCAGCUUAACUCUAUUCCAGAACUGGAAAAUGGCUUUAAUGCGGUGGGGUUUUCGCAAGGUGGACUAUUUCUUCGUUCUGCAAUGGAGCUUUGUGGUUUACCGAUUAAGACACUUAUAACUUAUGGCUCGCCACAUAAUGGUGUCACUGACCUUCCCCCUUGUCCGGAAGGUAACUGGCUUUGUAAACGGAGGAACAGCAUUCUCAAAAAGCAAAUUUACAACGAAAAGGUACAAAAUUCUGUUGUUCAAGCACAAUAUUUCAGAGAUGUGUACAACUUUGAGAAAUAUCUUGAAAACUCAGCAUUCCUCAAAUUUGUCAAUAACGAAUUCAUUAGAGAUACUGAUUAUGUUAACAACUUCACAAAGCUUGAAAAGCUGGUUAUGGUGAUGUUUUCGAAGGAUGAUAUGUUAGUUCCAAAAGAAACUGCGUGGUUUUGUGACCUAGAUCCAGAUUCUGGUGAGAUCAUUCCUUUCAACGAAACAAGCUCUUUCCAGGACGACCUCAUUGGCAUCAGAACACUUUACGAACAAAACAAAAUAGAUUUCCUGACAAUUAGCGAUUCCCAUAUGAAAAUUGAUGAAGGCCACUUGAGAUUCAUCGCUAAGAAAUAUUUUCAUUAG